UCCUCAAAAAAAAAAAAAAAAAAGACCACUGUAUCUCAUUUCCACCUCACUGACCACUUCUCUCCCCCCCUCUUUUCAUUCUUGACGCCAUAAAACCUUAAACCCUAAUUUAUUAACAUCACAACAAAUCAUGAGACGAGGAGGAGCUUUUCUUCACAAAAUCCCCAUUAAUUAUCUCUUAAACCCUAAUCGAUCAUCCUCCGUUAAACACAUUCCCAAAAUCAUCACUAUUAACAAUAAUAAUCCAACACCCUCCUUUCAAUCUAAAUUUUCUAGAUUAUUCUCAACUGAUAACAUCCCCCCUAAAGAUCUCGACAUUAAAGACGUCAGCAAUGAAGAACUGAAAACCCAGAUAGAGAAGUAUUUUAAAGACAACGAUGAGGAGGCAUUGCCUGAUGUAGUAGAAUCGAUAUUUAGGAGGAAAGCUACAGGAAAUCAUGCAGAUACAGAUGACGAGCUGCUGGAAGAGUUUAAGAUGCAACCUGUUGAUGGUGUGAAUGAUCAAGAGUUUGAAUCCGAUUUUGAUGAAAUGCAUAUGACGGACGAGGAGAAUGAUAAUGUGUAUGAUGCAAAAAGUAUUGUGACCAAGCGUUUGACGAAAGAUGAGUUCUUUUAUAUGGAUGAUAGAAAGUGGGAAGGUUUGAUUAAGGAGGCCACUGAUAAUGGUUACCUUAAAGACACCAAGGAGUGUGAGCAGAUACUUCAGGAUAUGUUCAUGUGGGAAAAGCUCCUCCCAGAUCAUCUGAAGAAAGUGGUAGAAGAGAAAUAUAAUGAGAUAGCAGAUAUGGUUGAAACUGGUGAGAUUGAGCCUGAGCAAGGUUAUGAGAUGUAUCAGGAAUUCGAGCAUGAUAUGCUGAUGAGACACACCAAGGAGAUAGAGGAAGCGGGACCCCCUAAGUUUGAUGACACUCCUGUGGUAGCAAAGGACACAGAUGAUCCCCCAGGGGAAGGACCAAUACUUCGGUGGCAAACACGGGUUGUUUUUGUUCCUGGUGGUGAUUCAUGGCACCCAAAAAAUAGAAAAGCCAAACUAUCCGUCACUGUGAAAGAGCUUGGCCUUUCCAAAAACCAGUUUCGCCGACUACGAGAAUUGGUUGGAAAAAGAUACAAUCCGGGAAAAGAUGAACUUUGUAUAACCAGUGAGAGGUAUGAACAUCGUGAGGAGAACAGGAAGGAUUGUCUCAGGACUUUAUUUGGUCUGAUUGAGGAGGCUGGUAAAGCUGAUAAGCUAGUUGACGAUGCUCGGACUAGCUAUGUGAAAAAUAGACUCCUAGCCAACCCUAAAUUCAUGGAGAAGUUGAAUGCCAAGAUUAUGAAAAACAUGAAGAACAAAGGAUCCAGUUUGUUGCAUGCGUGAUGAGUUGUAUGUGUGGUCACACAUAUGGAGUCAAACGAUAACUCGAGAUGGUCAUAACUUCAGGCAAGUGCUAUUAGAGUACAGACCGAUAUUCCUAGAUUGCGAGGAGCUGUUUUAUUUUGGUGUUUUGACAGUACAAUGAUCCAGAGAUGAAAUAAUACUGCCCUAUAUACAUCUGUUAAAGUUUUGCUUUUUAUGGAUGAGUUUAGCAGGUAGGUGAAUUUUAAACCUUAAAUUGGCCCUUCAGGCAUAUGAAGACUUGAAUGGCAAGGUUAUUUUUUUUUUUCUGUUGUAGAUGUGCCAAUCUGCUGCUUUCUUUGCCAAAAAGCUUUUUGUAGCCUAUGAUGCAAUUUCAAUCUUAACCAUUUUUAUUAAGAAAACUCUUACGUUGUUACAAGUCCUUGUGAUCUAGGUGGUGUUGGUCCUUGUAUUCUAUGUUGUACGUUAUUACAACUCUUCGUUCAAACAAAUUACAACUUGUAUGUAAGUGACUAUUGAGGUUUUAAGAUUCCAA